AUGGCGUAUCGACGGUCAAGCACGGCGCUCCAUGCAGCGGGCCUCAACAUCAACGAUCUCCGCUCGCAGAUCAAACUCGAUAUCCUCGCUUCCAACGAGCUCGAUGCGAAGAUCUCGCUCUUUCGGCAGGAUGCUCGCAUCGGCAAGAAUCCGCCCGUGUCCAAACUGGAUGAAAUGGAAUCGACGAACAAGGACAUGACGAAAGACGUCGUGAGGCAUAUCGAGAAGAUCGAAAGCCAAGGCGCACCGAGUAAGCUCACGACGACGGAUCGGGAGGUUCUGCAGGCGCUGCAUGCAAGGUUGGCGACGUGUGAUCAGCAGGGGAUGAGGUUAACGGAGUUGAGGGAUAUGGUGAAGGAGAUGGAGAACAGGGAGAGGAAGGAGGCGCCACUGCCGCUUGGUGGAAAGCCUAGGACGCCGGAGAAUUCGCCAAGUCCGCGGAAGGUUACGGAGUCGUUGAGGGGACGGCCGCCAGAUGCUGGAGUAAGGGUUGCUGGCGGUGCGAGUCCUGCGUUGGAAAGGGUUGGGAGCAGAGAGGCGCCUGGGUCGCUGAGGGGUGGGCCAGAUGGGAGGGUAGCAGGAGGUACGAGUCCGGUUUUGGAGAGGGUCGGCAGUAGGGAUUUGCCUGGACCGCCGCCAGUGGAGGCACGAAGGAGCAGUGAGGUGAAUCGUGCGAGGGGCUUUCCUCUUAAUAUGACACCAUCACCACGGAUCGACGAGUACACACCGCAGUCAUUCCCUCGACGAAGCAGCAAAGUCUACUCCACAAAUGACUUCGCCGGUGUGCAAUCCCCACGCAAGAGCAGCGACAGCUUCUUCAGCCCCAAAGCACCCGCAGUGUCCUUUCCACCUCCACCGAGACGCAGCGAGUCGAUCAGGAUGUUUCCAAAUGAUCUACCACCAUCUCCUCGAAUGCCUCCUUCUCCCCGCAUGCCUCCCUCUCCACGCCGAAGCAGCAGCAGCGUUACCGGUACUCCCUCCCCGAAGCGGUCUCCAAGAAUCGACACCCCUCAAGGCGAGCAGCUAAAAUACGAAGACUUUUACCAAGUCAACCGGGUCGAUGAAACGUCCAACGAGCCGGACAAGACUAGCUGGCCAAUCUUGUACAGAAUCCUGGACAUCGAUCCAGCCACAGACCCACGAGACUACGAUGGUGCUUUGAAAAGAUCCCUCGCCAGACUCAGCCUCAAGCACGACCCUGCUAGGCUUCCCAAUUACCCAGAUGCUCCUCUUCGAUGGGCGGUUGUAUGCAAGGCGUAUGAUGUCCUCGCGGACCCGGAGCGGAAGAGGUUGUAUGAUGUGAGUGGGUUGGAGCCAAGGGGUUUUGAGGAGUUGGACUUUGCGAGGCUGAGGAUCAUUUAG